CUAUGCAGACAAUACUCAACUGAUCCUGUCCUUUCCCCCGUCUGAAACCGGGGUGGUCGCCAUCUCUCAGUGGAUGUCUGCACAUCACUUGAAACUCAACCUCGAUAAAACAGAAAUGCUCUUCCUUCCUGGAAAGGGCUCCCCCGUCCAUGAUCUUACUAUCACCAUUGAUCACUCAGUUGUUACCCCGAGUCGGACUGCAAGAAACCUGGGUGUGAUACUGGACGACCUAUUGUCCUUCUCUGCCAACAUCGAUGCGACAACCCCUUCCUGCAGAUACACACUUUACAACAUCCGGAGGAUACGCCCUCUACUGACCCAGAAGGCAACGCAGAUUCUGGUCCAGGCUCUUCUCAUCUCACGCCUGGACUACUUCCAAUCCCUCCUGGCUGGACUACCUUCAUGUGCCAUCCGACCUCUACAGCUCAUCCAGAACGCAGCAGCUCGACUGGUCUUCAACCUGCCAAAAUGUUCCCACACUACACCGCUCCUCCGCUCUCUUCACUGGUUACCAGUGGCUGCCCGAAUCCGCUUUAAAACACAGGUACUGGCCUACCGUGCCGUGAAUGGAUCAGGCCCAUCCUACAUACAGGACCUGGUCAAACCAUACACCCCAACCCGCUACAUCUUCCGUUGCAGACUGAAAACACACCUUUUUUCGAUUGCACCUCGGCAAAUGAAAUCUCCAUUGGCUUCCACCACGUCAAGAUACACACGGCUCUGCAACAGCCAUCACCAUCAACCCAGCCAGCAAGGAGGUCUCGUGGAUGUCUCGUAUAGUACACGUACCCCCCACCUACACAGCAGCCCAUGCACCAUCACCCCCACCUACACAGCAGCCAGACCCACUGUCUUAGAAGACGAACAAAGACCUUGA